AUGUUGCUAGUGACCCGCCCAAAAUUCACUCAACCUUUAUCAAAUCGGGAUUACACUUCUGAUAAGCCAUUAAGGCUAAAUGUUCGUGUAGAAGGCAAUCCUGUGCCAGAGGUUAAAUGGCUUAAGGAUUGGCGGCCAGUUGCCGAAUCUUCACGCGUUCAUCUGAUUCAAGAAGAUUCGAAUUUGCGUACACUGCUUAUUGAUCAACCCAUUUGGAGCGAUUCCGGCAUUUAUACGUAA